GAACGUGCCAUCCUCGCCACGUGCCCUUGCACGCGAUCCCGGUGCUCCUCCCGGACGAGUUGAGAAUCGAGGAUGGCCGUUGUGGGACGAGGUGCCUGGGCGUCACCUAUCACCUUCCAGAGGCGUCAGCAGCCAAAGGAAAUCUUGCUGCUACCACAGUGGAUUCGCUGCUGGUUGUUUCCUGGAACUCAGCUGGCUUUUCGAGGACCCACGACCUCAUAAAGACUCAUUUCGGCAGCCUGGACUUGUUUCUCGAACGACAUCAGGCCGACAUAUUCUGCGUUCAGGAGACUCGUAUCACCGCGAGUCACUUGAAGACCCGGGAACAGUGCCAGCAACUUGGUGCUGUCUCUACGACAGGUGCCUAUCAGAGUUUCUGGUCUUUCAAUGAACAAGAGGGCGGUGCCUCCCGUUACAACGGUGUGGCAACCUGGAUUCGGAAAGACCUUGCUCCGCAGGCACGCGCCACUCAGCAGGUUCUGCGGGAUGAGAUAGACAAAGAAGGCCGCUGUCUACUCGUGGACUUGGGCGGCCUCGCCGUCUUCAACGUGUAUGUCCCUACACUGCACUGUUCCGAGGACGGUAGAGUCGAUGAAUCAAGGUUACAGCAGAAAGUCAAAUUCCUGCACCUCCUUCAGAUGCGCAUAGAGGAAACUCGAAAACUUGGCAAGCAGGUAUUGGUCUGUGGUGAUCUGAACCUUACAUACCGCACAGCUGAUGUAGCACCUGUGCGUCUUUGCCUCAAAAUUGACGAGGGUCGUGUAUGUGGCAAGAAGGAGUGGGCAUUGCCGGAGGACGCUACGCCAGGGCCCCACAUACCCGUGGGAGCUGCACAAAAAGCUCUGCGGGCACAAGUGACAAUGACGGCAGAGAGCGCCAAGAAUUGCCUGAGAGCUUUGGUGCACGGUCCGGAGGGCUUCAGGGUUCCGAAUCCUCCGCCACCAGACCUGCCCUUGCUGCCGGGUCGUGUCCUUAUGGCGAUGACCAGGAUCAAGGGCUCUGAGACGAAGGUCGAGCGAUCCUCCUUGCCCAAGCUCUGGUGCCGCAGCAGGGCUCUUUCAGCUGACGCCCCCUUGCCCUGGCAGUCCCUGGAAGGCCUUGGUGAUGAGCUGGUGCUGCUCGAGUUCGGUGUCCUUUCCGAGGAACUGGAGGCGGAGGGUUCGCUUCCACACAGGGUGAGAGAGGCUCCGUGUGUGGACUGGCUGUCAGCCCUGGUGAGCGAGAGCAGCGAAGGCAGCGAAACCGAAGGCAAAGCCUUCGUUGAUACUUUCGCAUUCUGCCAUGGAGCCGCUUGCCUGGGUCGUUAUACGCAGUGGAAUCAGACCGCAAAUUCACGCUUCUCGAACAUUGGGGCGCGUUUGGACUAUAUCCUUUGCGAUACUUCCAUGCAGAAGCAUCUGGUGAGGACUCCGACCUCGGAGCUUGCCGGAUCAUCGCCGCUGCAUGCGGCCGAGACAGCAGAGGCGGCUCAAAACGCUGCGACAUGCUUCGGGGCCUGGCACAGCGCACCCGCUUGCGGGCGUCUGAGGGCGUCGAAAACCGACGAUGAUGGGCUGGGUUUGCAGAAGGAUGACAUGCGGCUGAACAACUCGCAGUUCCGGUCGCCACAUACUGGCAUCUUGUACACUCCUCCAAGGUACUCAGACCACGUCGCUGUUUGUGCGCACUUCGAAGGACUAUGCCUUGGUGGCGUCGUUGCCCUGUCUGAAGCAGAGAGCCGACGAACGCACGGGGUCGCCCGAGCGGCAGCUUGCACCGCGGCUGCCCCUGCCACAGCGCUCUGCGCCGCCUCAUUCCCCCUCCCCGUCGCACAGGGCGCGCAGAGCUCGGCCAUUGGUGGGCUCAGAGAGAGUCCCUUGGGCCGGAUGCCGCGCCCCGGGCCACCGGAUCUUCGGCUGAGUCCAUAUUCGGAGCGCAGCCCUCGUUUCAUAGCGGACGGCUUCUACGAGGGCCCUCUGUGGGCUCCACAGCGCGGAGAUGCCUGGGAGCUGCGAAUGCUGCGAACCGCUCUUCAGGCCAUGGUCCGACAAGCGGCCUGCGACGCCGAGGCUGAGGAUGCCAAGGCGAUGCUCGGUCCCGGCGCUGGGGCUUGCGGCCUCCCAGCCUUCUUCAGAUGCCUCGAUCCCCUGGACAAGGGCCAUGUUCUGGAUACCGACCUGUUGGAGUUGGUGAAGGAGCACGAGGCGCCCGUGUCCUACGCCAGCCUCUGCUCUCUGGUCCACGAGGCAAAUCUACGGCGCGGAGGGCGUCCGCUUGGCUAUCUCACGUUCCGGGACCUCGGAAAGCUGAUCUAUCCUUUGCAGUCCAAGGAGCACACGGCAAUGUGCGGUUCUGCCACCGACGACGAAGCCAAGUCGAUCCUUUACCUGCUGCAGUUUUCAGAGCCAUGCCCACGCUGUGGUUUCCGAAUUCAGAGAGACUCGGAGUCGUCGGCGUGCCCGAAUGUGGUUUGCAGCAAGUGUGGAGCCGCUUUCAGGUGCUUCGUCGUGGCAAGGCCAUUCCUGGAUGCACCCAAAGCAACCGCUGCAGAUCGUUACACGCUCUGCAGACUGGUGGCGGCCGUGUCCCGCACG